UCCGCCUCCCUUUCAUCGGCCGUUGCGGAGGCGAUGUCGACGCAGGCGAUGAUCGACAGCCAACGCGAGGGCGCGGAGGUCUACCACGGCGCCGGACUCUGCAAGGAGCAGUCGAUGAAGCUACUGGACGAGAUCCACCUGCCCAGGGGCCUCCUCCCGCUGCCGGCCUUGGAGGAGGUCGGCUACAACCGGGCCACCGGGUUCGUGUGGCUGAAGCAGAAGAAGGCCGCCACCCACGUCUUCAAGGCGAUCGGAAAAACAGUGUCGUACGCGCCGCAGGUCACGGCCUUCGUGGAGGACCGGCGGAUGAAGCGAUUGUGCGGGGUCAAGAGCCGGGAGCUCCUCAUCUGGGUCUCCCUCUCCGACAUGUGCAUCGACGACCCCGAGUCGAAGCGGAUCACCUUCAAGACCCAAGCCGGUAUCGGUCUCUCCUUCCCCGUCUCCGCCUUCCAGACCGAGGAGGAGAAAUCCAAGGAGGAUGGUAAGUAGUCCCCCGCAACUUCCAUUCAUCAAAUAAAUGAACCUUUAUAUAUAUAUAUAUAUAUAUAUAUAUAUAUAUAUAUAUAUAUAUAUAUAUAUAUAUAUAUAUAUAUAUAUAUAUAUAUAUAUUAUGCGACAGUUAGACUUCACGUAAGAAGCGAGGUUGAUAUGAGCUCCUUCUACCUCUAUAAAUAUCUAUCUAUCCAUCUAUCCAAAUAUGUUUCAGCUAUAUCAGAAUAAAUAUAUAAGAGGCAUCGAGCGUGCUUCAUUCCAGGGA